CAAGAGGAACAAUGAAGCCGUUCAGGAAAGGGACAGGACUCCUCAAUUCCCGGGCCGUGGCUCGUACGCUCCGCCCUGUGGCCAGCAAUGGUAGCUCCUCCUUCUCCUCUCUACCCCGGCCACAGCUCCGUCUCCGCCCUCUGGUCGAUAGUCGAUUCCCCCGGCUCCCAGGCACGACAUCGUUACGAUGUGCAUCAUCCUCGUCCGCGGCCGCGGGGUCGCUGAAGACCACCCAAUUGAAUGAUUUGCAUCUCCGCCACGGAGCGAAGAUGGUCCCCUUUGCUGGGUUCUCCAUGCCGCUGCAGUAUACUGAUCUCAGCCACGUCGAGAGUCACAAGUGGACUCGUGAAAAGGCGAGCUUGUUCGACGUGAGCCAUAUGGUUCAACAUCAGCUCAGCGGCCCAGGCGCCCUCCCGCUCUUGAUGAAAGUGACGCCGUCAUCGCUGGACAAACUCCCGCACAACCAAUCGACGCUCUCGUGCCUGCUGGAAGAAGGCACGGGCGGGAUCGUCGACGAUACGGUCAUCACCCGCCGCGCCGACGAUGUCUUCUACUUCGUCACGAAUGCAGGCCGGCGCGACGAAGACCUGGCCUUCCUCCAGGCCGAGAUCGACGCAUACCGCCAAACCCACGGCGCGGAGAGUAUCAAGUGGGAGAUCCUCGCCGACCGCGCCCUCAUCGCCCUCCAGGGUCCUCUCGCUGCAUCGGUCCUGCAGACCUUCGUCCACCCAGACCCACAAACUGACACAGACCUCUCCACCCUCUACUUCGGCCAAUGUCGUGAGCUGUACCUCACCUUACCGGACGGUUCUCGCACACCGCACCCGCUCCUAGUCUCCCGCACGGGAUACACAGGCGAGGACGGGUUCGAGAUCUCCAUCCCCACAAGCGGCGACAGCGCCUCCGCCUCGCUCCCCACCCAGGUCGUCGACCUCCUCCUCUCCCGUCCAGAUGAGGUCCGUCUCGCGGGCCUCGCCGCACGGGAUUCCCUCCGCCUAGAGGCUGGCAUGUGUCUGUACGGCCACGACAUCUCAACCGCCCAGACACCCCCCUCCGCUUCUCUCGGCUGGGUGGUAGGCAAGGACCGCCGCGACCCCGCUUCUUCUCUUCCUUCUUUCAACGGCGCCUCCAUCGUCUUACCCCAGCUCGCCUCCCCGGCAAAAACCCUAUCUCAGCGCCGCGUCGGGUUUACAGUUGAAAAGGGUUCCCCCGCUCGCGAGGGCGCCGUGGUCAUCGAUCUAGCAGACGAUUCGAAGACCCCAAUCGGAAUCAUCACCUCGGGUCUUCCCAGUCCCACUCUCGGUGGCACAAAUAUCGCAAUGGGUUACGUCAAGCAAGGGUUUCAUAAGAAGGGUACCGAGGUCGGUAUCCUCGUGCGGAAUAAAGUGCGCAAAGCAAAUGUCGUGGCCAUGCCCUGGAUCGAAAGCAAGUUCCAUAGGAAAGCUUAA